CGCCACUAACGACAUCAUCACCAUUUCGUUCAGAUACUUAUAAGGUCCUCGGGCAUCACACAUAUUUCUCCAAAUUCUCAGCUUCGGCGACGCCCCCUCAGUCAAGCUGGAGACAUCCAAAUGGACAAUCCCCAGAACUUCACACCGCCCUCAUCGCCCACCGGCUCGAAACCCGCAGCCCACCUCCCGAACGAGAUCCUCCUCCAAAUCCUUUCCUACAUCCCCACCGAUCCCGCCCUCCAACCCACUCUCGCCGCCCUCUGCCUCACAAACACACAAUGGCACACCGUCACCAUUGCCCGCCUCUACGCCCACCCACACAUCCGCGGCGCCAACUUCGACCUCUUCACCCGCACCAUCGUGCCCUCCAUCAACCUGCACAUCAAGCGCUCCGACCUCGCCUCCCUCGUCCACACCCUCGACCUCUCCCACAUCGUCCACCACUCCACCAAGAAGACAACCGCCCGCUUGCUCGGCCGCACAAAGGCCAGUCUGCAGGUCUUUGUCGCGCCGCAGACCGGGUUUGCGCUGAAUAGCUACCCUGCUCUGGCGCAUUGUGCGCGCUUGCGUGUGCUUGAUUUGCGGCUCGUGUGUGAGAGUGUGGAUUUUAGGGAUUUGGGGAGGGCGUUGGCUGGGUUGCGGGCCUUGGAGGUGUUGUUUUUUCCGCGGACUGGGGUGCGGGAUGGGGCGUAUGAUGGGGCGGAUAUUCGGUGGCCGGCGUUGAGGGAGCUGCAUUUGGCGGGUGGGCUGAGUGGUGUGUUUAUGGCGGGAUUGCAGGGGAGAUGUGGGGGAAAUCUAGGAAUGAAUCCGGCUGGGCUACCGACGACGCUGACGAGGUUGAGUGUGACGAAUAGUCCCGUCUUAGAAUGCGCGAGUUUGGUGCGGUUUCUGGCUGGUGUUGGUGGGCAGCUGAGGGUGUUCACGACGUGUUCGCUGCCAAGGUUUCGUAGGGGUGAUUUGGAUGACUUACUGGUGUUUUGUCCGCGGCUGGAGAAGGUCAGCGUAGCGGCGGAGUUUUGGACGGGACGGGCUGUUGCGAGAGAGGAGUUUCGGGGCUUGCCAGCACAUUCGUUGAGUGAGUUGAGGGUUACGAAAAGCGAGGACUCCGUCCAUGAGGAUGAGAUCACGCCGGUUGAUAUCGAAGUGGGAAUAGAGUACGGGUUCUUGGGCGGCUUGAGACGGGUGGUUGUGAAUGUUGCGGUGGGUUGGGUGACCAACUUUCGGUAUCACGCAGGUUGA